CAAAGGGCGGAUGUUGCGUAAUCUCCGUACGUUCGGUUUGUUAUUGAUGGCGACAUCAUGUGAACGGUUAGUUUAGACGAUUUAUCUACAUUGUUUGCAGUGAAUGAUUUUAAAACAGAACUGUCUGUAGUCAUUUAAUAAGGACAGAAGGCACUGACGUCAAAUCAAACAUUUCAACAUGAAGAUGGACAUCUUCUCCCUCUUGGUUAGAGCAGCUGUCCUUGCUGUGUCAGUUCUUGGUCAAACCACAGAUGUUGAAGAGCUUGCCCGAAUGAAUGCCGACUUUGCUACCCGGCUUUACAGCAAGAUUGCCAGCUCAAGUGAUGAUAAUGUAGCCGUUUCAACCCUCGCGGCUACCUUAGCUUUAGCCACAUUAGCAGCCGGUGCUGGUGGGGCUUCUCGCACUGAGUUGCUACAGGGUAUUGGUGUGGCCUCCAUGGAGAAAGAAGGAGAGCCGGAAAGAAUUCAGACCCUACUCAAGCAGCUGAGGGAGACGACUGAUCAAAUCCAGGUCACUGGCCUCUUUGUGAAGCAGGACUUCAAGGCAAAUGACAGCUUCAGAAACCACGUUAAGCAGUUUUAUGAUGCAGAGGUUCAAAAUGUGAAUUAUGUCAAUGCAGAGCUGGUCAAAACGAUUAUCGAGAAUUAUGUAAGAACCAAAACAGGGGACAAAGUCAAAGACGUGGUGAAGAAUGUAGAUCCACAAAGCAUGGCGAUGUUAAUCAGUGCAACUUUUUUCACAGGUUAUUGGCUGCAACCCUUCAACGUUACCUUCACCCAAGAGGAUCGUUUCUUUGUGAACAAGUAUAACAUUGUACAGGUGCCCAUGAUGUUCCAUUCUGGGAAAUACUACCUGGCUUAUGACCCCACAUUAAAGGUUGGCAUUCUGAAACUGCCCUGUGAGGAUGGCAUUGCCAUGCUUUUCCUCCUUCCAGAUGAAGAUGUGGACUACACCUAUGUUGACGAAUCCAUGACUGGCGAAGUGUUCCGCGGAUGGGUUGCAAAGCUGAAAAAGACGAAGCUGGAGAUUCAGUUGCCCAGAUUUUCACUGAAGCAGUCCAACUCACUAAGUAUGAGUCUGCCCAGUCUGGGCAUUAAAGAGAUCUUUGGGAGUACUGCAGAUCUCUCUGGAAUCAGCAGCGAAGAGAGCCUGAAACUGUCAGAGGUGAUACAGAAGGUCACCGUGGAAGUGGAUGAGACUGGAGGCUCAGUGUCCGAUGCCUCCACUAAUCUCCUUACGAGCCCACUUCCUCCCAGGCUCACAUUCAACCGACCCUUCAUUUUCAUCGUUUACCACGAGGCCACAAAAUCCAUCCUCUACAUAGGACGUGUUGUCGACCCAACUAAGAGCUAAACAUGCAUAAAGAAACUACCGGUGAAUGUGUUUUUACCAAGUACAUGUUUCUGGAACAACAUUCCAAUCGACCAAUCGGAUUUGAGGGACAUGUUUACAGUUUGUCAAGUUUAGGCUUACAGCCAUGGUCGUGUGCUUGUACAUCAGUAUUAUUUACCCAUCAUUUAUUUCCCUCUGAUUUUAGGGUUAAGUUAUGGCUAGGGUUAGUUUUAGGGAUCGGGAUAGGGUUCGAAUUUUGUUGUUCCAGCAUACAAAACAUGUCUUACUUGGCAAAAUCACAGUGACCAGAAACUACCAUUUGUAUACUUACAGUAAGAAACUAGACUGUAUCAAAUCUUAACCGAUUGUUUUGCAUGAAUAACCAACUUUGAAUUUAUAUCAAUAUAAUAUCACUAUAAUAUUGACACAACACAAUGUCUACUAAGAAAAUAACUGUAAAUGUGUAGUAUUUUCUUUAAUGGUUGAUUUAGGAGAUCUAUUGAUAGUGUGAUUUAGUGUUACCCGAAAAUGUGCUUUGUCAGUAUCAGUAUUGUAUUUGUAUCAGCACUUCAACAGGCUGUUCAAACACAACUCAUUAAAGCGCGUCCAUAUUCAA